AUGUAUAAUAGGCUGAUCAAAGGCAUAAACGUGGCCUACGCUGGGUGCAGGGACCGUAAGGAACAGGCAGGCGCUUCCCGGUUGAGGACACAAAGCAGCGGGAGCCUGGGGUCGCCGAGGGUCAGCCUGGGCUUGAGCGGCUCAAAGAGGGAGGGCUCCGCGUCCCGCGCGCGUGUAGAGACGCGGUCCCAGCGACUCCGCAGCUGGACCUACGGCUACCGGGGCCACCAGUGCCGCAACAACCUCUACUACACUGCGGCCAAGGAGAUCGUAUACUUCGUGGCGGGGGUCGGCGUGGUGUAUAGUCCGCGGGAGCACCGGCAGAAGUUCUACCGGGGCCACAGCGACGACAUCAUCAGCCUUGCAUUGCACCCUGAACGAGUGUUGGUAGCAACAGGACAAGUUGGGAAAGAGCCUUAUAUUUGUAUUUGGGAUUCAUACACUGUGCAGACCAUAUCAGUUUUAAAGGAUGUUCAUACACAUGGUAUAGCUUGCUUGGCGUUUGACUUAGAUGGACAGCGCUUGGUUUCAGUUGGACUGGAUUCAAAGAAUGCAGUUUGUGUUUGGGACUGGAAAAGGGGAAAAAUGUUGUCUAUGGCUCCUGGUCAUACAGAUAGAAUAUUUGAUAUUUCUUGGGAUUUGUACCAGCCAAAUAAACUUGUCAGCUGUGGUGUAAAACAUAUCAAGUUCUGGAGUUUAUGUGGAAAUGCUCUGACCCCAAAACGAGGUGUCUUUGGUAAGACGGGUGACCUUCAGACAAUACUGUGCCUAGCCUGUGCAAGGGAUGAAUUAACAUAUUCUGGUGCACUCAAUGGGGAUAUAUAUGUCUGGAAAGGAAUCAAUCUUAUACGAACAAUACAAGGAGCCCAUGCUGCAGGAAUUUUUAGCAUGAAUGCUUGUGAAGAAGGCUUUGCUACUGGUGGCAGAGAUGGUUGUAUUCGUCUUUGGGAUUUAACUUUUAAACCAAUUACUGUGAUUGAUCUCAGGGAAACAGACCAGGGAUACAAAGGUUUGUCUGUAAGGAGUGUGUGUUGGCGAGGUGACCACAUUCUAGUUGGAACACAGGACAGUGAAAUUUUUGAAAUUGUGGUGCAAGAAAGAAAUAAACCUUUUCUAAUUAUGCAAGGGCAUUGUGAAGGUGAACUUUGGGCACUUGCUGUCCAUCCUACUAAACCUUUGGCUGUGACUGGAAGUGAUGAUCGUUCAGUCAGGAUAUGGAGCCUAGUAGAUCAUGCAUUAAUAGCAAGGUGUAAUAUGGAAGAACCAAUUCGUUGUGCAGCUGUCAAUGCAGAUGGAAUCCAUCUUGCCCUUGGAAUGAAGGAUGGCUCAUUCACUGUACUUAGAGUAAGAGAUAUGACGGAAGUUGUACAUAUUAAAGAUAGGAAGGAGGCAAUUCAUGAAUUAAAAUAUUCACCAGAUGGAACUUACCUUGCUGUUGGAUGCAAUGACAGCUCAGUUGAUAUUUAUGGAGUUGCUCAGCGUUAUAAAAAAGUUGGCGAGUGUUUGGGAUCCCUUAGUUUCAUCACUCAUCUGGACUGGUCUUCAGACAGUAGAUAUUUGCAGACAAAUGAUGGAAAUGGGAAAAGACUUUUUUAUAGAAUGCCAGGGGGAAAAGAAGUGACAAGUACAGAAGAAAUAAAAGGUGUUCAUUGGGCUUCAUGGACAUGUGUUUCAGGCCUUGAAGUAAAUGGAAUUUGGCCCAAGUAUUCAGAUAUCAACGAUAUAAAUUCAGUAGAUGGAAAUUAUAUUGGCCAAGUUUUAGUUACAGCUGAUGACUAUGGAAUUAUAAAAUUAUUCCGAUAUCCAUGUUUAAGAAAAGGAGCCAAGUUUAGAAAAUAUAUUGGCCAUUCAGCUCACGUAACUAAUGUCAGAUGGUCACAUGAUUAUCAGUGGGUUAUUUCUAUUGGUGGAGCAGAUCACUCUGUCUUUCAGUGGAAAUUUAUUCCUGAAAGAAAACUGAAAGAUGCUCUUCACAUAGCACCCCAAGAAAGUCUGGCUGACUCUCACAGUGAUGAAUCAGAUUCAGAUCUGUCUGAUGUUCCAGAGCUGGAUUCUGAAAUUGAACAAGAGACACAGCUCACCUACCGUCGACAGGUUUACAAAGAAGAUCUACCUCAGCUUAAAGAACAAUGCAAAGAGAAACAAAAAAGUGCUACUUCUAAAAGACGAGAGCGGGCUCCAGGAAAUAGUAUUCGAUUACACUUUGUUCAUGGUUACAGAGGUUAUGACUGUCGAAGUAAUCUGUUUUAUACUCAAAUUGGUGAAAUUGUGUACCAUGUGGCAGCAGUGGGUGUCAUUUAUAAUCGACAGCAGAACACACAGCGUUUUUAUCUGGGUCAUGAUGAUGAUAUUCUCUGCCUAACUAUUCAUCCUUUGAAAGACUACGUGGCAACAGGCCAGGUUGGUAGAGAUCCCUCAAUACAUAUAUGGGAUACAGAGACCAUUAAACCAUUGUCCAUAUUAAAGGGCCACCACCAAUGUGGUAUUAGUGCUGUUGAUUUCUCAGCGGAUGGGAAACGUUUGGCGUCAGUUGGCAUAGAUGAUAGCCAUACUAUUGUGCUGUGGGACUGGAAGAAAGGAGAGAAACUUUCAAUAGCAAGAGGAAGUAAAGAUAAGAUUUUUGUUGUAAAGAUGAACCCCUAUGUGCCUGAUAAAUUAAUUACAGCUGGAAUUAAACACAUGAAAUUUUGGCGUAAAGCAGGGGGAGGAUUGAUUGGAAGAAAAGGCUACAUAGGCACACUGGGGAAAAAUGACACAAUGAUGUGUGCAGUGUAUGGAUGGACUGAAGAGAUGGCUUUUUCUGGAACAUCCACAGGAGAUGUGUGUAUCUGGAGGGACAUCUUUCUUGUAAAAACAGUGAAAGCACAUGAUGGGCCAGUGUUCAGUAUGCAUGCUUUGGAAAAAGGGUUUGUAACUGGAGGAAAAGAUGGUAUAAUAGCUCUUUGGGAUGACUCUUUUGAAAGAUGUCUCAAGACCUAUGCUAUAAAAAGAGCUGCAUUGGCCCCGGGAUCUAAAGGUCUUCUCUUGGAAGAUAAUCCAUCUAUACGUGCCAUAUCCUUAGGACAUGGUCAUAUUUUAGUUGGCACAAAGAAUGGCGAAAUACUAGAAGUGGAUAAAAGUGGCCCAAUAACACUUCUGGUUCAGGGACACAUGGAAGGAGAGGUGUGGGGUUUAGCUACACACCCUUAUCUGCCCAUCUGUGCUACUGUAAGUGAUGAUAAAACCUUAAGAAUAUGGGAUCUCUCUCCUAGUCAUUGUAUGUUGGCUGUCCGGAAGCUGAAAAAGGGUGGGAGGUGUUGCUGUUUUUCUCCUGAUGGUAAAGCUUUAGCCGUAGGUCUCAACGAUGGAAGCUUCUUAAUGGCAAAUGCAGAUACUCUAGAGGAUCUUGUGUCUUUUCAUCACAGAAAAGAUAUGAUUUCAGAUAUUCGAUUUUCACCUGGUUCUGGGAAAUAUCUUGCUGUAGCAUCCCAUGACAGCUUUAUAGAUAUAUACAAUGUAAUGAGUAGUAAACGAGUAGGAAUAUGCAAAGGAGCUACCAGUUACAUAACCCAUAUUGAUUGGGAUAUUAGAGGAAAGCUUUUACAGGUCAACACUGGUGCUAAGGAACAAUUAUUCUUUGAAGCCCCCAGAGGGAAAAAACAAACCAUCCCGAGCGUGGAGGUAGAAAAAAUUGCUUGGGCAUCAUGGACAAGUGUACUUGGUUUAUGCUGUGAAGGAAUUUGGCCAGUAAUUGGAGAAGUUACAGAUGUAACUGCUUCUUGCCUCACGAGUGACAAAAUGGUUCUAGCUACUGGGGAUGAUUUGGGAUUUGUGAAGUUAUUUAGAUAUCCUACUAAAGGGAAAUUUGGAAAGUUUAAGAGGUAUGUGGCCCAUAGUACACAUGUCACAAAUGUUCGCUGGACUUAUGAUGACAGCAUGUUGGUUACCCUAGGAGGUACAGAUAUGUCUUUAAUGGUGUGGACAAAUGAGAUGGAAGGCUAUCGAGAAAAAAGGCCUUGUGAUAGUGAAGAAUCCGACAUUGAUUCUGAAGAAGAUGGGGGCUAUGACAGUGAUGUUACAAGGGAGAAUGAAAUCAGUUACACCAUCAGAGCCUUAUCAACAAAUAUCCGCCCAAUGUUUGGAAUCAAGCCUCAUUUACAACAAAAAGAACCCUCAACUGAUGAAAGGCAGGGAGUAGUAAGAGGUUCCAGGCCUCCGGUGAGCAGGGCCCCACCACAGCCAGAGAAACUCCAGACAAACAAUGUAGGCAAGAAAAAGAGACCUAUAGAGGACCUUGUGUUGGAGCUCGUUUUUGGUUAUCGAGGCAGAGACUGUAGGAAUAAUGUUCACUAUUUAAAUGAUGGUGAUGAUAUAAUUUAUCACACUGCAUCCAUUGGAAUUCUGCACAAUGUUGCUACAGGUUCUCAGAGUUUUUAUCAGGAACAUAAUGAUGAUAUUCUGUGCCUCACAGUAAACCAGCACCCCAAAUUUAUCAACAUAGUGGCAACUGGCCAAGUAGGUGAUUCAGCAGACAUGUCAGCUGCAGCUCCUUCUAUUCACAUCUGGGACGCAAUUAACAAGCAGACUUUAUCUAUCCUAAGAUGCUACCAUUCAAAGGGAGUAUGUUCAGUCAGCUUCAGUGCUACGGGCAAACUAUUGCUUUCUGUGGGACUAGACCCAGAACAUACUAUUACCAUUUGGAGAUGGCAGGAAGGUGCCAAAAUUGCCAGCAGAGCUGGUCACAAUCAACGUAUUUUUGUGGCAGAAUUCCGACCAGAUUCAGAUACCCAGUUUGUCUCAGUGGGAGUAAAACAUGUGAAGUUCUGGACCCUGGCAGGAAGGGCUCUUCUUAGCAAAAAAGGGCUACUGAGCACACUGGAAGAUGCCCGGAUGCAGACCAUGCUCGCUAUUGCAUUUGGUGCAAAUAACUUGACGUUUACAGGUACCAUCAGUGGUGAUGUCUGUGUGUGGAAAGAUCACAUAUUGUGUAGAAUCGUGGCGAGAGCUCACAACGGGCCUGUGUUUGCCAUGUACACCACCCUGCGAGAUGGACUUAUCGUGACUGGGGGAAAGGAAAGGCCGUCAAAAGAAGGAGGAGCGGUUAAACUGUGGGAUCAGGAACUGAGGCGGUGCCGUGCCUUCAGGCUUGAGACAGGACAAGCCACAGAUUGUGUUCGUUCUGUGUGCAGAGGCAAAGGCAAGAUCCUUGUUGGGACAAGGAAUGCUGAAAUAAUCGAAGUUGGAGAGAAAAAUGCAGCUUGUAAUAUUUUAGUUAACGGUCAUGUGGAUGGGCCAAUCUGGGGACUAGCAACCCAUCCUUCCAGGGAUUUUUUCCUUUCUGCUGCAGAAGAUGGGACGGUGAGACUUUGGGAUAUUGCUGAUAAAAAGAUGUUAAACAAAGUGAAUUUGGGGCAUGCUGCUCGUACUGUGUGUUAUAGCCCUGAAGGGGACAUGGUGGCUAUUGGAAUGAAAAAUGGAGAAUUUAUCAUUUUACUAGUGAGUUCUCUAAAAAUAUGGGGAAAGAAGAGAGACAGGAGAUGUGCAAUCCAUGAUAUCAGAUUUAGUCCGGAUUCCCGGUAUCUGGCAGUGGGUUCUAGUGAGAACUCAGUGGAUUUUUAUGACCUGACAUUGGGCCCCACUCUUAACAGAAUCAGCUACUGCAAAGACAUUCCAAGCUUUGUCAUUCAAAUGGACUUCUCUGCAGACAGCAGAUAUCUCCAGGUCUCCAGUGGCUGCUAUAAACGGCAUGUCUACGAAGUGCCUUCAGGAAAACAUCUUAUGGAUCAUGCCGCUAUUGACAGAAUUACUUGGGCUACAUGGACUAGUAUUCUAGGAGAUGAGGUUUUGGGAAUCUGGUCCAGACAUGCUGAGAAAGCUGAUGUCAACUGUGCCUGUGUAUCUCAUUCAGGAAUCAGUCUUGUAACAGGAGAUGACUUUGGCAUGGUUAAGUUAUUUGACUUCCCAUGUCCAGAAAAAUUUGCAAAACACAAAAGGUUCUUGGGUCAUUCGCCCCACGUGACAAAUAUUCGAUUUACCAGUGGUGAUCGACAUGUUGUUAGUGCUGGAGGUGAUGACUGCAGCUUACUUGUCUGGAGAUGUGUACAUACGCCUCACUGAGAGAUGCUGAGAUGACUACACAAAUUAACCCUGAGACCAGAAUUACAGAGAAGAAAAACCAAAACCCAACCCUGCAUGGUCAAGUGGUGCUAACCUAAGACUGUAACAGGGAGAAAUGCCCAGAAUCAUCAAAAUAGUGAAAGACUGAUCUGUUCAAAAUAUUUGCUAUAUACACUGGGUAUAAUCCAUAAUCCAUACACUGCCAGAUAAUGCCAUUUCAAGGAAGGAUCGAAUACUUGAUGGUCAAGGCCAAGUCCCCCUGUAUUGGGAAGUGUGCGAUUUCGGCAGACCUGCUGGGAAAAUUUAGGGUGGAGCACUCUUUACAGAAAAACUCAAAAACCCAAUUUGGAUAAUUUUCAUCAUCUUUUUAGCAAAAUGGUUUCUUAGUGUUUAUAUUUUAUUUUCAAGGUUCAUUGUUUAAUGAAAUAUUUUAUUCUUGCAUUUCCAUAAGGAAAGGGAAAGUAAUGAUCACCCUAAAGGAUCACAGUUUUUAAAAGGCAAACAUUUUCCCUAAGGAAACAGACACAAGCUUUCCUGGAGAAUAUGAUGUUUUUUAGGCAUUAAUAAAGUCCUUUUUUAUAAAGGACACUUUUCUCCUGGUAGUUUUGAAUUCAGGAACAGAUCUAAAGUUAGCAGUAUAUGGCUGCUACAUUUCCAUUUUCAUUUUCAAGCCAUCAGUUUAUGUUCAGACGCCAUCUCUGUAAUCGAACAUUUAAAACGUAACUGUAGCCUCACUAAUGGAAAAGUAGUACGAUGAACAAUCAUUCCCAAUGGUGUACAGUUUAAGGGUUUUAGGGAGCAACAGUAUUUAACUGGAAGAGAGUAUUGCAUAUUUAAUGUAGUCUAAUAUACACACAUUUGUUUAACAUGUAAACAGUGUUAAAUUCACAUAUACAACAUUAUACAAUUAAUCACUCUUGGAAUAAAAUUUUUAUAGCUUUUUUUCUAUUGGGAAAA